AUGACAGAAGGUCGGCCUUUUCCCGACCGGAUCUUCUGGCUGGAUGCCGAAAUGACCGGUCUCGAUGUUCUCGGAAAAGAUUCAAUCAUGGAAAUAGCCUGUGUCGUUACUGAUGGAGAGUUGAACGUAGUAGCAGAAGGGCCAGAGCUGGUGUUUGCAAUGACGAAUAAGCAGCUGAAGAAAAUGGGGCCGUGGUGCAGAAAAACGCAUGGCGAGAGUGGAUUAACGCAAAAGUGCAAGGAUAGCGAUUUGACGCACGAAGAAGGAGACGAAAUCCUCGCCGAUUUCAUUCGAAAAAAUUGUCCGAAAGCGCCGCUUGCCGGAAACUCUGUCCACGCGGAUCGCCAAUUUAUGUGCAAAGAGCUGCCAAAAUCGGUCAAGGAACUUCAUUACAGAAUCAUUGAUGUUUCGAGCAUCAAAGAGCUCGCAAAACGAUGGUAUCCUGGCCUCCCGGAACGCAACAAAGACAGAAAGACUGGAGUUGGAGGAGCUCACACGGCGAAAUACGAUAUUUACGAGUCGAUAGAGGAGCUCAAGCAUUACCGCAAAAAUGUCUUCAAAGAUAAAGCUUCCGUUUCUCUCGACUGA